GAGUGGCACAUGCGUACUACUGUAUCGUUUGUGUCUUUGCCGAAUCAUCGUGAUCUACCGUUCGUUUGUUUUCUUCAUUUUGGGGCCGCAUUUUUCCUCAACAACAAUGAAACUAACCGUGUACACCCUCGACGAUAAGAUGUUUACACUCGACGUGGCAGCGGAACUGGAACUAGAGAACUUCAAAGCGCUGUGCGAGUUCGAAUGUGGGGGGAUUCCGGCCCGGGAGAUCGCGAUCCUGAACAACGGAGUUCCCCUGAGGGACGACAAGAAGACUUUGGGAGCCUUCGGGCUGAAGGACGGGGAUGUCGUGGUGUUACAGAGGAUGAGAAACCAGCAGGCGACGUCUCAGGGCCAGCCAGCCGCUGCAGGAGGGCUUCCUUUCUCAAACAUGUUUGACUUCAGCAACAUCCAAGUCCCAGGCACAGCAUCAUCAUCAUCAUCACAGCAAGCGUCAAGGUCACAGCAACGACCUCCACCAGCCCGCCAGCCGCAGAGACCAGCGGAGGAGCCGGACCCAGCCUCGCUACUGGAGCUGCUCAGGAACAGUCCACACGACAGGGCACUGCUCAAGGAGCGCAACCCUCCGCUGUCUGAGGCUGUGGAGUCUGGGGAUUUAGCCAAGUUUACAGAAGUGCUGACUCAGCAACGUAAGGAGCGGGCUGAGAAGGAGGCUCAGAGAAUCCGUCUCCUCACCGCCGACCCGUUCGACCCUGAAGUACAGAGGCUCAUUAACGAGGAAAUACAGCAGAAAAACAUAGAGGAAAACAUGAAUGUGGCCAUGGAAGAAAUGCCGGAGAGUUUUGGACAAGUUGUGAUGCUUUACAUUGACUGUAUGGUGAACGGGCAUCCAGUCAAGGCAUUCGUAGACUCAGGUGCCCAGAUGACCAUCAUGAGUAAAGCCUGUGCUGAGAGGUGUAACAUCAUGAGGCUGGUGGACAAGAGAUGGGCCGGCAUCGCCAAGGGAGUCGGCACACAGAAAAUCAUCGGCAGGGUACAUGUGGCUCAGAUCCAGAUCCAGUCUGCCUACCUGCAGUCUUCGUUCUCUGUACUGGAGGACCAGCCCAUGGACAUGCUGCUGGGACUGGACAUGCUCAGGAGACACCAGUGCACAAUUGAUCUGAAGAAGAAUGUUUUACUGAUCGGGUCGAGCGGCACAGAAACCCCGUUCCUGAGUGAAGCAGACCUGCCGGAGUGCGCACGGUUACAUCGCCAGAUCUCCGACUCCAGUCUGACCGACCAGGAGAGGGAGGACAGGGCUCUGGCUGAGGCCUUGGCUAAAUCCGCAGAGGAAGCAGGUAAGCAGGCUUGUAGGGUUAACUUUAAGAUGCAGGGAUUUACUUUAAAUGAGCAGAGGUGCAGUCAGGUUGUGGCUCUGACCCUAAAAUGUCCCUCUCUUCUGUCCUGUUUGUCUGUUCUGUCUCUCUCUCUGCCACAAUACAAAAACACGUCACCAGGCAGGAAGCCCAGGCCUGCCCCCCUACAGCCUGUACCCCCCGAGCUGUCGGACACCAGUAGUCCCCCCCUCAAAUCUGCCCCGCCAACCCUGCCACCAGGAGGUACUGUGAGCAGUCAUGAUGCUGAACCCCCCCUCAGCGCCCCUCCAGUCUUACAACCUGUAGGGCCCACCAACCUUCCUGCAGCAAACCUCCAAACUCAGCCCAACCUACCACCCGUUUCUGGGACCUCCUUGCCACAAAGUGUGCAACCUGUGCAGAGGUCAUCCUCAACAGGAAGAGGGUCAGGUGAAGGGUCAAGGUCAGCUGAAGGUCAGGAGGAGAGGGAUAAUGAUGAUGUCACGGUGAGACAGGAGCUAGCAGAACUCCGGGAGUCAGUAAAGAAGCAGUUGCAGCAAUCAGACACCAGACUGUCCAGCCAAGUCGGACAGAUCUUAAAGGCCCUGGGCGGUCUACAGGAGAGGAGCGCGAAGGAGGCUAAGAAGAUGGCAGCACAGCUGGAAGAGGUGGAGGAGAGAGUCCGGAGACUUGAAGACACUGAGAAACAGUCGGGGGCCUUGGAGAGGGUGGCAGAGGGGGAAGAUGUGUCAGGCAGCGUUUCUGAAACCCUGGAGAAUCUAGAGAAGAGGCUGAGGCAGUUGGAGGAAGUUGUUCAACAGAAAACGAUGUCAACCUUGGAAGGAACUACUGAAAAAUCCUCAAAGGCAGCACAGCCUGAAUCUGAUAAUACAGAAAAGUAG